GCCAGUGGCAGUCGAGCCGUGCCGGCGCCAAGACCGAUGUUGUUAGCAUAGGCGUUUGUCAUCAACUAAAGUAUUCGGGAUGGAAAUCGCAACAUGAAAACACCAAGUGCCACUCUACGCUUCUAGACUAUUUGACAAAGUGCUUACAUGUUAAUUGAAUUAAACUUUAAAAGCAGAGGGUUGUCGGAAGUGAUCUCAUCUACUUCUAUAUACUUAAGCGUUCCACAAAAGAUAGCGCGAAAAGUGGUCCAGUUUGGCACGGAUUGGGGCUGUCGUGUGAGAAACGUACGCACUGUGACAUCACCGACAUCGAAGGCGACACCGACACCGACACCGACACCGACGCCGAUACCGACGCCAACGCGGGCACCGACACCGACAACGAAGGCGAGCAGUGACGCCAUGGCGCAGGUUAGGGUUAGCCAGGGCAUAUUGGAGGGAGAGCUGCUUGACGCCGUCACAGGGGACCAAAAAUAUUACAGCUUCAAAGGCAUUCCAUACGCUGCGCCGCCUGUUGGCAAACGGAGAUUUAAGGCCCCAUUACCUCCUGUACCGUGGACGGGUGUUAGAAAAGCUACUCAACACGGACCACCCUGUCCACAAAAGGACAUAUUUACCAACGAAAUGUUGGCCGGGUCGGAAGAUUGCUUGUACUUAAACGUGUACUCGCCGAACUUGAAACCCGAGGCACCAUUGCCGGUGAUGGUAUUCAUCCAUGGCGGCGGAUUCAUGAGCGGCUCGGGCGACGUGGAUCAUUACGGGCCGGAUUUCCUCAUGUGCCACGAUGUGGUGCUGGUAACGAUUAAUUACAGACUAGAAGUGUUGGGAUUUCUUUGCAUGGACACCGCGGAUGUCCCGGGCAACGCCGGCUUGAAGGACCAAGUGGCAGCAUUGAGGUGGGUCAAGAAAAAUAUAGGGAGCUUCGGAGGCGACCCUGACAAUGUGACGGUAUUCGGCGAGAGUGCGGGCGGCGCGUCUACGGCGCUACAUGUCCUCUCCCCGCUGUCACACGGCCUCUUCAGGCGAGCGAUCCCUAUGAGCGGCGUGCCUUUUUGCGACUGGUCUGUCAGCUUUGAACCAAGGAGGCGCGCAUUUAUUCUGGCGAAGCAGCUGGGAUUAGAGACUAGUGAUCCCGAUGAACUCUUAGAGUUCCUUCAAAAUGUUCCUGUUGAAAAAUUAGUCAAUACCAAGCCUUGCGUAUUAAUAUACGAAGAAUUGGAAUCUAGCAACCUUCUCAAAAUGUACAAUUUUGGGCCAGUUAUUGAAAAAGACUUUGGGCGCGAUCAUUUUAUAACGGAAGAUUUCGAGGUAGCUAUGAGGACUGGUCGAGUCAACAAAGUGGACGUUAUGAUAGGAUACACAAGCGAGGAAUCUCUGGUCGGCCUGCCACAUUACGUAAAUAAACACGUUGAAAUCUACAACCGAUAUCCUGAAAUGCUUGUUCCUCGAAAGAUUUUAUUAAAAAGCAACGCCGGGACCGUAAUGCAAUUGUCCGACAAAAUUUACAAACAUUAUUUUGGAGAUAAGCCCAUAAAUGUUGACCAAAUCAAAGCAUUUGUUGAAUAUGCCUCACAUGCCACUUUCGUUCGUGACAUACAUAAAUAUGUUAACCUCUUGCCUAAACUCGGAACAAAGAUUUACAUGUACAAAUUUUCAUGCAUCUCUGAUAGAUGUAUUUAUGGAAAAGAAGGAUUAAAAUAUGGCAUAGUUGGAACAUCUCAUCUUGAGGACUUGAUGCACCUGUUCGACUCGAAGCUGCACAACCUGCCCCUCGACAAGAGCAGCUCCACGUACAAGAUGAUCAAACAAACGUGUCAGCUCUUCACCAACUUUGCCAAAUAUGGAAACCCAACUCCAGACGGCUCCCUAGGCGUAGUGUGGGCCGAGUACGACAGGCGGAGUGGCGCCUACCUGGAUAUAGCGGAGCGGCUGACGCCAGGUACGGGGCUCGACGCACCCGUUCUCGCCUUCUGGUCGAGCAUCUACAAGGCCGCAGGACUUCCCUGACAGACCCUUUACCGUUUCACGAACGUUUUGCAUGGCCAUUUCAAAAUUUAGGUAAAUUAUAAACUAGGGUUGUUGAACAAUUAUUGUAAGGAUA